AUGGCAGGAUUUCACAUACCCGGGGACCCCUAUUUUCCCAAUCAGGGAAACGCGGGAUGGAUCGAUGAUGAGCCCGAGGAGGAUCCCGAAGAGGAUCCCGAGGAGGAGCCCGAGGAGGAAGACGAACAAGAAGAAGAAGAGGAAGACGACCAAGAGGAAGAUGAAGACGAAGAGGAAGAAGAGGAAGAUACAGUCUUCGGUGGUGACAAAGAUGAUUUUCAAGAUGUUACCUUCAAUCCUUUUCAUGUUCAAGAAGAAAGCAAUGAUGAUGCCGCUGCCACGAAAGGGAAAUUCAAGUCUCUUAUUGACAAGUUGGAUACUCUCCUUGAGUCUUCCAAAACUUCUUCAAGCUCUCAAUACUCAUUCGAUUCAGUUAACGCUCUGAUCAAAACCUUCACCAAGGAGCAUGCCAGCACUAUUCAAGCCUUUACGAAAGCUGUUGAAAACUGUCACAGGGUUGUUCGCGAAAUGGCCGAAAAAGUCGAAAAACUACUGGCGAAUGCAACUAAGUUUAUGGAAGAAUUUUGCAGUUCAUCCGAGAACAACACAGCUACUGCAAACAAAGCAGAUAAUACAGAGAUCGCUUGCUUUGUUGUUUCGGAGAUUGAGAAACUCCAAGCUGAUCUUGCUAUUAAAAAUUCCAUCAUGGACAAGCUCAACAUCAAAACUGAAAAGGUUAAAGUUCUUUCUGCUCACCCAUCUCAUGCAAAUGCCCAAGUUAAUGAACUGAAAUCUGAAGGGGCCAUUGUGAAAAGUGUUGUUGUCGACGAAAACCACUACCUGCAGGCUCUUGUCGAGACUCGAUACUCUUUGCUCACUGUUUCUGUUAGGAAACAUCUUGCAAAGAAACUAAAGCUUGUGUUCUUAAUGCUAAACUGUUUAGAAGGUGUUUUGGAGUCCGAAUCACUUCUAAAACAAGGGGGAGAAGUUAAGAGAACAACUACAAGUGGUUCGAAUAAACAUGAAACAACAAAUUCUCCACCCAAAUCAAAAGAUUCAAAUGUUAAUGUAGCCUCGGGAUCUAAAGGAAAAGGAAAGUUAAUUGGUGAAGAUGAUCAAGAAGAACAGGAUGAUAUAUAUGAAGAGGCUCAAUUACAACAAAGGAAAAGUGAUUAA